CUCGCACCAAACAAAAAAAAUCAUCCUUGAUCAGCGCGGAGUGUAAUUAUUUUGUAAUUUCUGCCCCGUAAAUCCCGCGAGAGUGUCAUAAAACCCCGCUGCCGCAUCCCGUGCAAUGGCGUAUCUUUCCAACUUCAACGCCGAGACGGGCAAAACGAUUCUGGUGGACAUACUGAAAACGGUGAACCAGCCGGAAAACUCAAAGAAACUGGGCGAAGCGAAAGCCAACUCGGGCAAAGAGAUGAUCAAGAUGAUGCAGCACGUCUUCCCGCUGGUCAUGCAGAUCCAGAUCAGCGUCAUUAAGGACUACGGGUUCCCGGGGAACCGCGAGGGGCUGGUGCAGUUCGAGCAAAUCAUCCGCGAGUUCGAGCGAGAGGACGUGGACAUUGCGCGGCUGCGGGCACAGAUACGGUCCAUUUAUCUGCCCCCGAUCAACAUCAACAGCACGAACGAUAUUCUAAUUUAGACUUUAUGUUAUAGUAGUGCAUUAUAUAAGUUUAAGUAAGACUGAACCCCCUUCUAAGCCAUGGCAAGCCGGGGGUCCCGAGUUGCCAACACACUGCCAUGAGUGGAACCGCGGAAUGUACAGUAUUGAGUUGAAGUUCCAACAUUCGUUGUUCUUCACCUCCCCCAGAAGCCGGAUUACCUUCCGGAAAUCCUCAUCUUCAAAGUGCUGCCCGUACGAAGGAAAUUGAAGCCCCUGCUUUAUAGUUAUACAUUUAAAUUUAUUUACACUUGCAUUUGACCACGAAUAAACCGCGUACACACUAUAAGUAGCUCGUUCUCGAGUCGCUGUUGCUUUACCCCCAUUGCACGUCUUCCGGCUUGCGCAUGGAAGGAAAUCAACGGAACAAAAAGGGAAAUGCAAAAAAAAACAGAUAAAUCCGGUAAGCUAGUUACACUCAAUUCAAGAAUUUUAAUUCACAACAGCAUCACAACGCCUGAACAAGCGGUGUUGGUGAAUCGUUUACAACGAAUCCUCUCUGUGCCUGCUCUCUCUCUUUCGAUCGGAUUGUACGUUUGCCGCCUACUGCUGCUGUUCCUUCGAAGGAUCGCCGAAUGGGAAUGGAAGGAAGGGAUGGCGUACUGGCAAGUACUGGCUGCUCCUCGGACAACAUUAAGUCACUCAAACUAGCACGCACCUACGUCACAAUCCUUUGUGUGCUUCUUCUUAGGUCUAAAGCGUUACAUUCCAAGGGCCAGACCAGAGUCGUAACUUGUUCGCCUGCAGCACAAGUCGUUAUCGGCAAUCCGUAAACGUCCUGCGACCCGCUCAACGGCAGUGGCAUCGGCAUCGGCAUCGUUGAAUCCCUUCUUUAUGCCUUGGUGUGUAUUCAUUUGGGAGUGAUGACUAUUCCAUAAUUGAGAUUAACGGGAUGCUGCUGUUGGAGUGUUGAAGGAGGGGGGGGGGGGGGGGUGGAGGG